AUGCAUGGAUUUGUCUCCGAGUAUUACGUAGAAGGGCACCGCUUUGUCCACGGUAACGUCGUCAUCUUCCUGCACCGCAUCCUUCACGAGCCCGGUGUUCGGUCUUUAGAAACUACGCCGAAGGUGGACCCGCCGGCCUUUGAUGCCCUCAAACCCUUCGACCCGAGCGGCGCAUACAUUCUGGAAGCCAAGGUUCGCGUCCAGGACUACAACAACCAGGCUGUGCUGGAGGACGGUGUGAACGAGCUGAAAGAGUUCCAGAAGCAGAUGAGAGGCUGCGUGGAGUUGGACAUUCCAGACAGGCUUUCGCUCGAUACGCGGGUUAGAGGUGUUUCUCCACCGCCCGCCAAGCGAAAGCAGCAAUCCUUGACCACAAGCAAAGCCGUCGCAAACUUCUUCACGCCAUUUUCGAAGAAAGAGCCUGAUGGGAUGACAUGGCGCAUCAUCAAUGACAGCCUGCUCAUCGGGCGGUACAAGGCUGCUACGCAGCUGCCCAAGACCAUUACAGCAAAGCGGAAAAUAGCCGCGUUCGAUUUUCAUUCCGCAGAAGUUACGGAAGCUUCACGCAGACGGGUACGAUCUGGAAUUGCAUUUCCUGCCUUUAUUAGGCCAUUCGUGUUAACUUCCAUUCUGCCGUUCAAUAGGUAUCUCGUCACUGUGUUGAGCAACCAAGCGGGAAUCAGCCUAAAAUCAGACCCAAAAACGAUCAAGAGUGAUCAGAAACGACUGGCAGAUUUCAAAGCGAAGGUCUCGGCAGUGUUCACGCAGCUCGAUUUACCGAUCUCGGUGUAUGCAGCCACUAGUCACGACCGGUACCGCAAGCCUCGACUAGGCAUGUGGGGAGAGCUGCUCGAGGACUAUGAUCUCGAAAGAGCAGGAGCCGUGGAUCUCGACAAUUCGUUUUUCGUCGGUGACGCGGCCGGCCGCAAGGCAUCUGGAAGCAGAGCGAAGGACUUCUCCUGCGGUGACAGGUCAGUUGAAACUUUCGGACGGUAUCUCGGUUCGCGAAAGUGCUAA